AUGGCUGCGAAGCCGUCGAAGGCGAAUUUUCGCUGGUUAGGGAAUUUGCCCCAAUGGCUUCAUAGACUUGACAAAGCUUUAUUACAGUAUAAGCAGUGGAUAUGGAAAUACACAUUUUUUCCCUGAUUAUUAUUGAUGGUUUACUCUUGCCAAUGCUGUAGCAACAGGCGCACCAUGAACCCAAGUGACACCCGCUCUGCACUUUCUUCUCUAGGGAACAAUGAGGCUAAUCCGGUUCUACAGACAACUAACCCCCAGGCUAUGGCCUUUUAUUCUGCUGACUGCUGGAGUUUCUGUUUGGUUUCUGGGCACCAACACACAGCAAAGGAGGGCCCCCGGCUUGUGUGCUUCUGAGGAUAUUUCUGGGACAUGCCGAGCAAAGAAUCACAUUGUUUUCCUGAAGACCCACAAGACGGCUGGGAGCACCAUACUGAACAUCUUGCACCGAUAUGGCGACAGGAACUCGCUAAACUUCGCUUUGCCCUACGAACGUGACUUUAAUUAUUCGCAUUAUUUCAAUGCGAGCCUGGUGAAAGGAUUCCACAACGCCAGCCGGCCACCAUACCACAUCCUGUGCCAUCACAUGCGCUUCAAACUCUCAGAGGUUCGCAAGGUCAUGCCUUCAGACUCCUUCUAUUUCACCAUUCUACGGGAUCCAGCUGCGGUGGCAGAGUCCUCUUUCUCUUAUUACCGAAAAUACUGUCCAACCUUUAAAGAGGCACCAAACAUCAAAGCUUUUAUCUACAACACUUCUCAUUACUAUCGACCCAACAAUGAAUCUCAUCACUACGCCCGCAACCUUCUGUGGUUCGACCUUGGUUUUGACCCUGAUAAACCAUUCACAGAGUAUGCGGCAAGUAAAGGAGUAAGGGCAGUGGAAGAUGCCUUCAACCUCGUCCUACUUGCUGAGUACUUUGAUGAAUCUAUUAUCCUUCUCAAGGAAGAACUGUGCUGGGAGCUGGAUGAUAUAGUGACGUUUAAACUCAAUGCUCGGGAGAAGCCCACACAACUUGAACCUAAGGAUGUUGAGAGGUUACGGGCUUGGAACUCCUUGGACUGGUAUCUUUAUGUCUAUUUUAACCGCACUUUCUGGGAAAAAGUGGAGAGAUUUGGUAGGGCAAGGAUGGACAUGGAAUUGACGAGGUUAAGGGGACGGAGACAACAGCUAGCUGAGAUGUGUCUGGAAGGCUCAACGCCUUUAAGAGCUGAUCUAAUACAGGAUGAGGCCAUAAAGCCAUAUCAGCCUAAGGAGGAAAAAAUCUUAGGUUGGAAAGUAAGACAUGAUCUCAGACCCAGCACCAUGGCCAUAUGUGUCCAAAUGAUAACUCCAGAAGUGCAAUACAAGUACCUCUUGGAUGACUGGCAGUUCCCAGAAGAUGCACAAUAUAGAGCCAAGAUGAAGUUGUUAUUAUCAGAAAAGAAGCCAGUGACGGGUCCAGUGAAUAAAAUAACAGAGCCUCCAGGGAGUAAGCCAGAGAUGAUUGUAGGGAAUAAGACAGAAGUGCGUUCAGGGAAUGAGCCAUAAGUAGUUGAAGCAAAUAAGACAGAAGUGGCUACAGAGAAAAAGCUAAAUGGUCAGCAGACUCAAAGGCAAUAAGCCAGAAGUGAUUACAGAGAAAGAGCUCAAUUGUCACUUCAAAAGAAAAGCAUGUGCUUGGCUUUAUGUGAUCAGACCCCAAAGACUUUAUCAGUGGUUGGCUAGAUGUCAGCUGACAUCAGAAAAUACACCAGGGGUUGGCUAUAUGUCAACAGACUAAUUAGAAUAAACAAGCAGUUGCAAAGAAUAAGCCAACAGUUUGAUAGCUGUCAACCAAUUCCAUGGUAAAGACCAACAGUUGGAUAGAUAUCAGCAGACAAGAAGCUGUUGGUUGGCUUGUCGAUUAUGGACUUCUGGGUAUAAGUCAGUAUUUGGCUAGAAGCAAACUAGUGCAAGGGAACAAGCCAGUGGUUAGUUAGAUGACCAGCAUAUUUAAGGGAAUAAAUUAAUGGUAAUUAGAUGGACAAAAGACACCCGGGUAUGAGCCCAUGGCUUGCUAGCAGUGAUCACCCCACCUUAACUUUCCUCCUACAACCCUUACUUCUCCUCUAUGGGAUCUUCCUCAUACAGGAUUUGGACGACAAUUUACCUCUUCUAUAUGGAGCAAGCCACGAAAUCCAUCCCUGUGCUAUUUGUAUCUGUAAAAAUUACUGUGGGUAUGUGAUUUUGUUCCACUCCUGACACGGUGUGUUUGAGGCAAUGAUGCAAAUUUGGGGUUACACAAUGUUAUGGUGCACACGAAUGCCUUAAAGUGGACUUGUUGCUGUGAUACUUCAAGGAUCAUCUCCAGAAUGGUCUUUUGUCACUAAAAUGACUCUGCCCUCAUCUCAUGUCAGUAUAUUCUAUUGUUCUCACCAAUACUAUGCCUGUGGGGAGCAGAAAGAACCUACAUAUAAUGAGAUAAGCCUUGCAGCUUCAUUCUCCUAUGAAAAUAUUGACAACACCGAUCUUGGAGGACCCUUUGAGGUGCACAGCCAAAGCUUCUGCAGGCUUCUAGAAGUCCACCUGGAAUGAACAAAGAGCCAAUUUUAAUGGUCAUAUAGUACAUCCCUCCUUGUGCUCACUUGUAUAACUCCUAAAUAUUUCUUAUAUUGUGAGUAGCCCUCCUUGGCUUUUUUCUGGUGCUUGCUGACCAACUGGACCUACUCCCACUGACACCGUGCUCUGAACCUUUUAUGAUUAUCCGUGGUGUGUCCACUAUGUAAAAUGACUUUAUACUACACAUAUGAUAUAUACCUACCUCAGAUACACAGUUCUUAUGUCAUCAGUCUUUAUGAUAUAUACCUCAGGCACAGUGGUGUAACUCACAAUUCCAACCUGCCCCCCGCCUGCCCACUCCCUGUUUCCACCUCCAAUGUAGGUGCCAUCUCCAGGCCACCUAUGUCCUGCCUCCCAGCUUGCAGGCAGUUGAGCAGCUGCAGAGGAGAGAAUAAAUUCUAUGGACCAGAUUCAAUUCAGUGAGAAAAAGUUAUCUCAUGGUUUAUCAUGUGAUAACUCAUGGCCAAGAUUCAAUUCGAGGAGAAAAAACUUUUCUC